CAUGAUUCGCUCUACUAAAAAUCUCAACCAAAAAAACCUACCCCAAAACCAAACUCUUCCCUUAUUUAUUACGCCAUUGUUGUCAAACAUGUAAAGUAAUUUUGUGAACCAGUAAAGCCUCCCAAUCAUUAUUCACCCAAAAAAAGCCUCACAAUCAUCACAAAACAACAACGAACCUUCCAAGCUCUCACUCUAAAAUUACACAUAAAUAAUAAAUAUACAUAUAUAUGAUGGGAACCGAAGAACAGCCAAAACCAGAGGAACCCAAGCCCAAGUUGGCUGUUCCUUCGGAGACGACAACAGAUAUGGUGAAAAAUUCCAAUGCAUUAUCAGAUCCAAACCCUUCUUGGUUUACCCCUAAAAGGUUACUCGUGAUCUUUUGUGUGAUUAACUUAAUAAAUUAUGUUGAUCGAGGAACCAUAGCGAGCAAUGGUGUAAAUGGGAGUCGUAAAACUUGCACAAAAAAUGGUACAUGCACAGCUGGUACUGGAAUUCAGGGGGAUUUUAACUUGAACAAUUUUCAAGAUGGUGUAAUAUCUUCUGCUUUCAUGGUUGGACUUCUUGUUGCAUCUCCAAUAUUUGCUAUCUUAGCGAAGAGUGUUAAUCCAUUCAGGCUUAUUGGAGUUGGAUUGUCAGUUUGGACUUUAGCCACUGCUGGUUGUGGUUUUUCAUUUAAUUUCUGGUUCAUCAGUGCCUGCCGCAUGCUAGUUGGUGUUGGUGAAGCUUCUUUUAUAAGCCUUGCAGCUCCAUUCAUUGAUGACAAUGCUCCAGCUGCUCAGAAAACUGCAUGGCUUUCAAUAUUUUACAUGUGUAUACCAGCUGGAGUUGCACUUGGCUAUGUUUAUGGUGGAUUUGUUGCAGGUCACUGGAAUUGGCGUUUUGCAUUCUUUGGGGAGGCAAUUGUGAUGGUUCCAUUUGCUAUUCUAGGUUUUGUUAUAAAACCUUUGCAGUUGAAAGGUUUUUCCCCUGCUGGAUCAAAAAAAGCAUUGACUGGUACAGAGAUAGCUGUCAUAGAACUUAAAGAUGACUCAACUGGUAAAGAUGGCAUCCUAUCCGUAAAGGAAGAGUUCAUUGAUCAAAGCUCAAAAGGACCUUCCAAGCUGAAGUCUAGAUCUGCUCUUCUGAAUCAGAUAUCAAGAUUUUUAAAAGAUAUGAAAGUGCUUUUGCUUGACAAGGUUUAUGUCGUAAACGUUCUAGGUUACAUAGCCUACAAUUUUGUUAUAGGUGCAUAUUCUUAUUGGGGGCCAAAAGCUGGUUAUAAUAUAUAUCAUAUGAAAAGUCCAGAUAUGUAUUUUGGUGGGAUUACAAUUGUCUGUGGAAUAUUUGGAACAUUAGCAGGAGGUUAUGUUCUAGAUAAAAUAAAUUCCACGAUCUCCAAUGCUUUCAAGCUCCUCUCUGCAACAACACUUCUGGGAGCUGCAUUUUGCUUUGCCGCCUUCUGUUUUAAGAGCCUCUAUGUUUUCCUAGCUCUUUUCUCUGUCGGUGAACUACUCGUCUUCGCCACUCAGGGUCCGGUGAAUUACGUAUGUCUCCAUUGUGUUAAACCAAGUAUGAGGCCACUUUCUAUGGCUAUGUCUACCGUCGCAAUUCACAUUUUCGGUGAUGUGCCUUCCUCCCCACUUGUUGGGAUUCUCCAGGAUCAUAUUCACAACUGGAGGAAGACUACUCUGAUCCUAACAUCCAUUCUGUUUCUGGCAGCUGGAAUAUGGUUUAUAGGGAUCUUUCUUCACAGUGUGGACAGAUUUAAUGAAGAUGAUGAUGAGCAUCCAGUCACGAUAAUCGACAAGGCAAACAUAACACCGUUGCUUGAAGAGGAGACUGAAGAAAGAACGAAAUCAUCCAGUGAACCAUAAACUCCUUGCCAGUAUAACAAGUUCCCAGUUCUAGCUGGGCCUGACACGUCUUUCAUGUACAUGCCCCCUUGAUGUUUUUUUCUUCUUCUUCUCAAUUUGUAAAUAAUGUUUCAAUGGUGAUUCAAUAGCUUUCAAAUUGUCGAUAGUUUCAAAACAAAUCACAAUGUUUUGAAAUUGAUCCUGUCGGACAGAUUAGAAGGAAUUGUGAAGAACAUAUUGUCUUCCAUCUUUGGCUUUUGGCAUUUUAUUACAGAUCUAAUCUUUCAGUAAUCUGUAGGCAUUUCCUAGUGAUAUAUCAAUCCCAGAAUUUAUGCAGCCCAA